CGCCGGCAGGCAUCUAUUAGGUACUCUUGUUUGGCAAACACACCCAGCUAAUCUCGGUCCGCCGUGGGAAGUCCUCGUGGGCGCUAAUGAGCCUGGCUCAAGCCAUCCCCUGAUUUCGCUCCUGAAGCUGAGCGACUUUGGGCUCGCGAAAAUGCUGAUUCCAGCCCACCUUCAGAAUGGGGAACUUAUGUUGUACGUUCGGAGAAGGGCAAAGCUCUCCUACUACACUCCGGAGCAAUUCACAAACGAAUGGGACUACGUCUAUGCAAACCACACCCCGUGGUCUAUGCCCACCCAGCCCGACAUCGCCGGCAACCUAGGAUGGCGGAACAACCUCUUCCAAAUCGGCCUGGUGAUGCUCUCCCUAAUAACGAACUGCUACCCACCUCUGCCACCGUACCCCGCGCGCGUGUACGUCCCGCCCCUCGAGGUGGCCCACCUGGACGACGACGACGAGGACCGGCAGGGCAAUCCGCCGGCGGACGCGGCGCAGUACGUGCGGACGCGCGCGGGCGGGGACGCGCCGCUGCCGCCGCAUGGGUGGGACGAGGACCGGUACCGGAUGUCGGCGAACCCGGCGGUGCGGGCGCGGUGGGCCGAGCACGCGGCCAACGACGACGACCGGCUGCGGUACGACGACAACUCCGGCGGCCGCAGCCGCAUCCCCCGCGACUGGGUCCGCGUCUGGUCCUGGGGCGGCUUCAUCCUCGACGACGCCGUGCCCGCCUACCGCCGCAUCGACCGCGAGCUCCGCGUCCUCGUCGCCUGGUGCCUCUGCGACCGCCCCAUCUACCGGCCCCGCCUGAGGCGGCUCGAGUGGGAGGUCCGCGGCUGGAUCCGCAGGAACUGGGGGGACGACGAGGACAGGGGGGAUUUUGACGAUGACUAUGACUUUGGGGAUGAUGGAGGAGGAGGAGGUGGUGGUGGUGGUUGUGGUGGUGAUUGUGGCAGCCCCGGAGGCGAGGGUCCUCCCCCUGGCGGGUGGGGGGAUUCUGACUUUGACAGCGGGUCCUCCAAUAGCGACAUCUGGCGGCUCAGGUACCCGAGCUUCAGAAGGAGGAGAGGCGGCGCCGGCCAGCCUUGUCCUCAUAACCCCGCGCCUAAUAAUAAUGAUGGCGGCGGCGGCAAUGGUGGAGGAGGUGAUGGUGAUGGUGGUGAUGGCGGUAAUGGCGGUGAUGGCGGUGAUGGCGGGGGUGGUAGUGGUAACGCGGGUGGUAAUGGUGGUGGUAAUGGUGGCGGCCGCGGCCGCGGCAGCGGUGGUAACGGUGACGAUGACGGUGACGGUGACGGUGACGAUGACGACGACGAGGAUAACAGCGACGGCGACCAUGACGACGACGAUGGUGAUGACGACAGUGAAAGUGAAGACGAAGAUAACUGCGACGAAGCGAUGAAGGAAUGGGUCACAGAGUGCUUCGAUCGGCCCAAUCCGGAGUGGGUAGAUUAAUAAACGUUAGAGACGGCAGAUUGGUGGGAUAUACUCUGGGUUGCAUAGGCGUAGAUUUGGGCAAUUAUUAGAUAUCGGUUGGAAU